GAUAUUAUCAUCUGCGGAACCGUACAAGAUGUACAACACAGUGAGGAAUGCACAGCUAUCACUAUAAAUGAUGGCUCAACCAUCUCAUCAAUCCAAGCUCGAAUGCCCGCCGUUCGGCCAGAUGAUGAUUCUUCUCUUUCACUGGGAGCUACAAUUCAACUCCAGGGCAGACUCGAGCCCCGUGAGGCAACAUCAUGCCUUAGUCACCAGAAGCAGCAAGCAACCUUAAGCGUGAAAGACUUCACAAUCGUUGGUCCAGCCGACUCUGCCUUCCCUAUUUCUCACCGUCAACCGUCUCCGGAAUUUCUACACCUCAACCCACACUUGCGUAUCCGCACCCCACAAUAUGCCCUCAUGGCACGAUUUCGCUCCACUGUUGUGAGCGCACUUUCCAACCUCUUUGACACACACCCAGACGGACCAUUUUAUCAGGUACAUCUUCCCAUGCUCACCUGGACGGACUGUGAAGGAGGCGCGGAAGUGUUUGCCGCUCCAACGCAGCGCUCCAAGCGUGCCGACAAGGAGAUGACCGACACAUACUUUGGUUCCCGAAAAUACCUCAAUGUGUCUGCGGUCUUCCAUGCAGAAGCAUUCGUACAGAGUCUCGAUCGUAUCUGGACAUUAAGCCCUUGCUGGAGAGCAGAACGGACGGACAGUAGCCGUCAUCUGGCUGAGUUUUGGAUGCUCGAGGUUGCACUGAAUUACAUUGACUCUCUCGAGCCACUAUUUAACCUCAUGGAAGAAAUUCUACGCAGUAUUGUUUCACGUUUGAAGACCAGUCCAGCAGGACAAGAAAUCCUAUCACAAUCGGGGUCCGACGAGCUUCUUCGGCGGUGGGAGAAGCUAUUAUCACCCAAUUGGCCGCGAAUCACUUUUGCCGAGGCGACAAAGCUUCUUGAGCCUCUUCGUGCGACAAAAGGCAAAACCCCGGCAGCAAGAGUACAGGACGUCACACCAGAAGAAGAAAAGUACCUCUGCGAUCACUUUAACUCUCCAGUCUUCCUAACGCACUUCCCAACCCAGAUCCGGCUCUUCCAAGCUGCCCAAUCUGCCAAGGAUAUAAGCGAAAUACCGCCCGGUCAGGACUUCCCUCCUGACCAGACAACUGAGUCUUUCGAUCUGCUCUUACCAGGGAUCGGAGAGGUGUGCAGCGGUGGCUUAAGGGAACACCGUCUCGAUAUUCUGAUUGAUACUAUGCGCAAGAAACGGUUCCUACGGGGACAGAAGCCCGGCCCUGUGCCAGAACGGAAUGCCCCUGUUGAUGCAAAGCCGUAUCCUUACCUCCAUCCUGGGGAGGAACUUCAGUCGGUGGAAUGGUUCGCCGACUUGCGCCGGUGGGGAACGUCGCCGCACGGGGGCUUUGGGAUUGGCUUUGAGCGACUUUUGCAGUAUUUGACUGGGACUGAGUCGGUUAGGGAGGUAAUCUCGUUUCCGAGAUACUUUGGGGUGUGUGGAUGCUGA